AUGGCACCUGCAAACCCUAUGCAAAAAUACACGCGCCCACCAGCUCAAUAUCACCCGGUACAAGAACUAUCUCCACGCCACCCACACUGCAGCGCACAAAACAACGAUGCCGACAAAAUAGAGAAGUGGCUUCGUGAAGAUGGCCAUCGUAUAUGGGGUCUUGUUAUCUACCGCUCUAUAUAUCAGAGCGACGCAGACUGGGACGAAUUCAUGCGCCGUAUUCUCGCUGAUACCACGGAGUCGCUGGAAGCGAUGGCAGGCAUUGAUCUGCUUGAUAAUCUGGCUCUGACCGUGUUUGACGACCCACAGAAGUUUGAUGGUGCCACCCCGGCGGUGAUUCGGGACCAUUUCAAGCAGUGGGCGGCAACUGCCGAACAGGAGGAGCAAGGCCUUGAGUUUGAUCCGGAACGAAUCAGAGUUAUUGAGUCACAGCGAUAUAGGUACUGUAUCCAGGUCACGCAAGAGAUGCUAGAGUCGGCUCUUGCCGACGAAAGAGAAAACAUGGCGAUUGUGCGCAUCAUUCGGGGGGAUUGGCAGGAGUACAGUCCAUACGACGAAGACGGGUUCAGGAUUGACGAUGAAGGGGAGGCGAUUGAAGGGUGUACCCUGAAUGAUGUAGGGUGGAUAAACGUUCCGUUGGAAUGUCUGGUUGGCACUUAUUGUUACUUGCGAGGCGAAUGGGAGACGGAAUAUCGUCGUCCGCCAGAAAUAUCUUGUUAUCCAUGA